AUGCCUGUUCCUUUCGAGACUCUGCUGCCCUACGCCAUCAUGAUUGGUAUGUUUGGCGUUACAGGCACGGGCCUGGCUGUUGUCAAGACUUGGCGCAACGAGGGCAAGCGGCCGCGGUACUCAUUAGAUCAGUGGGAUCGGCAAAUGAUGGAACGUGACCGCAGACUUACAGGCACUUUGAGGGGACAAACAGACAGGCCUGAAGCACCCCCAGGGUUCGAAUUUAGCAACGGAUGGAAGCUGGAAAAGCGCUUCAUAUGA